AAAACGGGAAGCGCAAACGGCAAAACCCCAACGCCGCCAGCGAUUGAAGAACAAUCAAAAACCUCCCCACCUUCAUCACUCACUGCAAAUGCCGGCGACGAUUUUCUCCUAAUUCCCGCCGGAAUAAAAAGAAAAUCGGAAUCAAUUUCCAAUCAUGCCCCUACCCACCCCACCCUCCCGCCUCACUAUCUUCACCCUCCUCUCCGCCACAGCCACCAUCUACUUCCUCUACAAGUCGCGCCACCGCCAGCGCAAGCUCCUCACGCGCCUCCGUCAGGUCCUCACAAAGCCGCAGUCGGGAAACCCUAACCCCGCCACUCCUCCGAAGAGAGGCAAACUGUUCUUCCUAUCCGAAACCAACACCUCCAAACGUCUGGCGCAGCGCCUCCACGAGCUCCUAACCCUCAACGGCCUGUCGUUCGAUCUCGUCGAUCCUAAAGACUACGAGCCGGAGGAUUUAUGCAGAGAAACCCUUGUUUUGAUCGUUGCUUCCACCUGGGAAAACGGUGGCGCCCCUGGAAAUGGGGCAUUUCUGGUGAAUUGGUUGGCCGAGAGCGCGGAAGAUUUUAGGGUUGGGGCGCUUGUGCUGAAGGAAUGCAGAUACGCUGUUUUUGGGGUUGGGAGUAGGAGUUAUGGGGAGACUUACAAUGCCGUGGCGAGGGGCGUUUCGGUAAAGUUGCGGAAGCUUGGGGCUGGUGAGCUGGUGGAGUUGGGGGAGGGGGAUGUGGAUGAAGGAGAUUUGGAUGAGAUUUUUGAUCAAUGGAGUAAGAAAGUUGUUGGGGUUUUGAAUGGUAAUUUAGGCGAAAAUGAGGGGCCUUCUGAUAAUUGUGAGGUUGCGAGUGAAAGUGAAGGUGAAGAAGGUGAGUAUAGUGAGGAAGAUGAUGAAGAUGAGGAGGUUGAAGAGAAUGGCGUUGUUGAUCUCGAGGACAUUGCUGGAAAAGGGCCUUCUAGAAAAUCAGGGGCCGUAGUUAAGGCUAAUGGAAAAGUGAAUGGACAGGUGUCAAAUGGGGUGAAAGAAAUGGUGACGCCAGUCAUACGGGCGAAUUUAGAGAAACAGGGCUAUAAAAUCAUUGGCUCUCACAGUGGGGUUAAAAUCUGUAGAUGGACCAAGUCUCAGCUUAGAGGGCGUGGAGGUUGUUAUAAGCACUCAUUUUAUGGCAUUGAGAGCCACAGGUGCAUGGAGGCAACCCCAAGUUUAGCAUGUGCCAACAAAUGUGUGUUUUGUUGGAGACAUCACACAAAUCCAGUGGGGAAAAAUUGGCAGUGGAAGAUGGAUGAUCCACUGGUCAUCGUCGACACUGCAAUUGAUUUACAUACAAAAAUGAUUAAGCAGAUGAAAGGAGUUCCAGGGGUAAAAGCAGAGCUUUUAGCAGAGGGUCUUUCUCCUAGACAUUGUGCCUUGUCACUUGUCGGUGAACCUAUCAUGUACCCGGAGAUCAAUUCUCUUGUAGAUGAGCUACACAAGAGGCGAAUCUCAACUUUUCUCGUGACAAAUGCACAGUUCCCUGAUAAAAUUAAGUUGCUAAGACCUAUUACACAGUUGUAUGUUAGUGUAGAUGCUGCAACCAAGGAUAGCUUGAAAGCAAUUGAUAGACCUCUGUUUGGGGACUUUUGGGAGAGAUUUGUCGACUCUUUGAAAGCCCUAAAAGAUAAACAACAGCGAACUGUCUAUCGCUUGACAUUGGUCAAAGGAUGGAAUACAGAAGAUCUAGAUGCCUAUUCCAGCUUAUUCGAUGUCGGAGUUCCUGAUUUUAUCGAAAUCAAAGGUGUUACAUACUGUGGAUCGUCAGCAACUUCAAAAUUAACCAUGGAGAAUGUACCAUGGCAUGCUGAUGUAAAAGAAUUUUCCGAAGCGUUGGCUCAGAAGAGCAAUGGGGCUUAUGAGGUUGCUUGUGAGCACGUACACUCAUGCUGUGUUCUUCUGGCUAAAGUUGAGAAAUUUAAAGUCGAUGGUGAAUGGUAUACAUGGAUAGACUAUGACAAGUUCCAUGACCUGGUGGAAGCUGGAGAACCUUUUACGAGUAAGGACUACAUGGCUCGUACACCAUCAUGGGCAGUGUAUGGAGCAGAAGAAGGUGGAUUCGAUCCACAGCAAUCUCGUUUUAGAAAAGAGCGUCGUCAUCCUAAUAAAACUGCAAACUGAGCAGGUGUGUUUUUUUUAAUUUUGCCUAGAUGAGAUAUUUUUUUAAUGGCUCAAGUGGCUAAAACCAUUUUAUCUUAUACGCGAGAUUUUGCUAUUUUAUCUACUAGGCAUAGUUGUUGGUGCUUAAUUUUUCUUCUCUUUACCUGUUGACCCCGAAGGAAUUUUGUUAUUUUUAUAUGUUGCUGUAUAUUGGUAUUUCUAUGUUAUAUCUACUUGGAAAACCAUGAAUUAUGUAUCGGCUAUUUCUGCUCCUUUUCAGAAGGACAGUUUCGAACUUAUAUAGAAAAAUGAUGCUUAGUAUAAUCGAA